UCUAUGCAAAUUUUCACAACUUUAGGCACUCAUUUGUCAAUUUUAUGGAAGCGCACCAGCCCUACUGCAUAACGCGUCCUACCACCCCUUUAGGGCAACCAAGAAAAAUUGCCCAAUUUCAUUUUUUUCGUUUUUCAUCCUUUCCAAGCUCCCUGGGGAAUGAGGCGCACUCAUCCAUUCCACCAAACCUUGGCAAAAAAUUCCAGUAUUUUUGUGGCAAAAAAGAUUUUUUAGGGGAGAAGGUUGCGAGUAAAAGUGCAAGGCCAAAAAAAGUGACUGAAAAAGGGGUUAGAAAAAAUAGGUGA